AGGUAAUUUUGGAGCCAAAGAGGUUUGAUGCACAUUUUUCAUCACUAGGUGUCAAGAGGUAAAAUUGUUAACAAUCUAUGACAAUAAUGUAAAGUUUGAGCCUAUUAUUAUUACAUUUCUAAUAUUCAGGGACAUAGACACUUUUCGAACAUAGUGACAAGCGUGUUGCUAAACCACUACUUUACAGACCUAGAAGUCAUGAUGUCGCCCUCUUAUGAUUAUAAAGCCACAAAGUAGCCAUCUGAUGUGUCACACCUUGACUCAUUGCAGUGUGUAAAACCAUAACUACACUCCAAACAUCCUCCUUCCUCCUGUUAUCGCAGCUCGUGAAAAACUUAACAAGACUUUCCUUGGCUGCAUGUUUUAGAAAAGUCUUCACUUGCUAAUGUAAGGUAAGGUACCGAUACCACCAGGAUGUGUUCCUCAUGUACGGAUACACUCUUGCCUCAUACCAUGCUGUGUGUAUCUUGGGUUUAGCCUUCAAUUGUGUUCAGCUGUAUGAAUACCCAGCUUGAUGUCGCAAGUUAAAUGUCAGACCUGAUGUUUGCUGAGGUAAUUUGGUCUGGCAUUAUGUCUUUCUCAAGUAUAGGACGCUACAACCUUGCCUUUGUGUAUCGUAGUGUUUAGUGAUUUGUGCUAACAUCUAGUAAAUUACCGUCUUGAGACAAAACUUUUCAGUUUUAAUGUUGUGUUAAGUGUCUUAAAUGUUUAAAGUUUUUGUUUUGGGGGAUAAAUGAUCCAAGUUCUACUCGUCUACACAACACUCACUCCUGCAGCAAAAAAAAGGGGUUGAUGUCAGAUUUCUUAAAUAUCUUAUAAGGCCUCCUUUAAACUGGGCUCCAGUUGGGACUGGAUCACUUGAAAAUAUUUACACUAAACUCUAAAAGCUGAUUAAGCGUUUGCAGAUGGUUAUACUCUCCACUCAGGCCUCCCGUCCUGUUUUUUUCUCUUUUUUCCACUAGUCAUUGUGAGCCUCACCUUCACAUAUAAUCGGAGUUUGCUGAGCGAUUGCAUAUAAAAGCAGUUGGGAAGUGAGUGGGCCAGUUUGCUUUUACAGAAAAGGUUAGUUUUGGGUCAAAACUGGUCAUUUUGAAAGAAAACAUUUGGGAACUCCAGUGAACACGUGUGCAAAAGCUGAAGGACACAUAAACACACAUGAGCACACUUGGAAGUGGGAUCAAGGAAAGCCUUCCUGUGAGUCUUGUUUUCUAUCACAACAAGUGUUUCUGUUUAUUCAUCUGCCAAAAACAUGGAAAUCAGCAGAAAACACACUUAAUACAAAGUUUUAUUUUACAUUUUUCAUUAAAAAUGAAAUAAAUUAUUGUUUAAUGUGCUUUAACAGUAAAAAAAAAAAAAAGUACAAUAACACAUUUAGAGCUCUAUAAAAACACACACAUCUUGGGUUAGGCUGUAACAAAGUAGGGUUUUGUAACUGCAUCCAGACAUCACUGACGCUAAAACUGUUUACGGAUUUCAGCAGACACAUUCCAGAUGUUCUCAUUCGUUCUCCGUGUGGUAAAUAGUUUCGAUAGAAACGUUAAAGUCCAUGUAAAUGAAGUAAACACACUUGGCCGGCACGUCUGCUUUUGUUAUUGUGCUUCCUAGAAUAUGUACUUUCAAGGAAAGCUGCGUUGAGUUUCCACAGCCGCACUGGAUUAGGUUGCUAGCUGUGCAGACGGCAGCUCAGUUCCUGUGUCUUCCUGAAAGUUGUGCUCCAUGAAUUAAAGGAAACAAAAUAAAAACAUGUGGAGAUAAAAGGGAAAACUUUUAUUUUUUUGCACCAAGACAGUAAAAAUUGUUGCUGUAAUUUAAGCUUUAAAUUUCAGAAAAUUUUCCAAACUACUACUGCUUUAAAUGUAUUCAAAAUACUAUUUUAAAAUAUUUCUAAAAAAUAUCUCUUAAUUUCUUUUACUACCAUCACCAAAAUAUCCAAAACAGUACUUCACAGAUGUAAGGCACAUUGCAUUUGCAAAUCAAAUAAAUCAAUAUUUUCAAAUGCUGCCAAAAGUGCAGCAGAUUUCAAAGUUCAACUAGUAAAACUCCAUCAUAAACACAUUCACUAAAAUGGCAAAUCCGUCUUAUGUCAAAAGGUAAGGAGUCAAAAAUAACUAAAGAACACAGAGAAGAACGAAAAAAAACAUAAAAAAAAAAAAACUCGAACAUCAAACUUUUGAUAAUUAAACUUAUGACUCUGCUUAAUUCUGAUAAAACACAAUUAUGUCACAAAUCCAAUAUUCAAGCUUCUGCUUUAGUCAGACAUUGAUUUUUUUCAUCUAUUCUAUAAUUUUAAACAUGUAUAUUAGCAUAAAAAAUUAGUAAUUUGUCAUAUAUGGACAUUUAAAUUUAAAAAGUUGAAAAAGAAAUGAUUAAGACGUUAUAUUUUUAGGAGUGUCUACAAAAAUGUGCUGUUUUUUUCAGGAAACACACGAGUUUCCAACCAAAAUAAAACAGUUUCUCUGAGGAAGGAAGUAAAUUAAAGUCAUCAUUCAAGGAUAAGGCAAAAAGGGGAAAAAGUAUCAGCACCAUGUGUGAAAAGAUCCUCACAUUUGCAAGCAAGUCAUGUUUUAGUCACUCACAAAUACACAAAAACAUCUGAGCAACGUGUGCACCCAUGACAAAUAUGCAGACACGCAAAGACACAGCCGGAUCAGAAAGCCGGGGAUUCCAAUCCUUCACUGAGAUGACAUCACAGUCUGUCAGUAAGGAAAAAAACAGCCAAACAAGGGAAUCCCCGCUUCUCCUGCUCCUGUGAGUGCAACUGGAAGAACGGGAGGGAUAAGUGGAGUAAGUAACUCUCAUUAGUUCACAGAGAGUUCCUUUUAAGGGGGUUAACAUGCACAAGAGAGCACAUGCAAGCACGCUUUAGCUGUGUCUCCAUAGAGACCGGCUUUACGGCCCCAGCUUGGAGAGGAAAUGCCAAAUGGGUGCUUAAGAGGAACUCACACACAGCACACACACGAACUGUGUUCUAACCCCUCUGUCCAGCCACAAUGGAAAAAAAAAACAAAAAACAGUCCCCAUCUUCCCUCUUUCCCCUUCUCUACUUGUCCUGUUCGCUCACCCCCUUCCUACACUUCCGCUCUUCUCUUCCUCAUAUGAUCCACCUCCUCCCCUAUCAGAACAGAGUUCACUGGCGUUGAGAGAUGAAAGAAAAGAACUACUGGCACCGGCCUGUGACCAUCAUCAUCACUGUGAUUGGCGUCAUAGCGAUUGUUACCUUGGUGACAGUUCUAGUUUUACAAAACAGGACGAUCACCCAAAAAUAUAAGUAUGGGAUCGUGCUGGACGCCGGUUCUUCCCACACGUCGCUUUAUAUCUAUCAGUGGCCAGCAGAGAAGGAUAACAACACUGGAAGGGUUGAACAGAAGCAUAACUGCCAGGUACCAGGUAAAGGGAUCUCAAGCUACACUGCAUCACCUUUGAAGGCAGGAGAGUCGCUGAUUUCCUGUCUGGAGGAGGCUAAAGAGAAUAUCCCCUGGAAAAUGCAUGAAGAGACUCCACUUUAUUUAGGAGCUACUGCAGGAAUGAGAUUACUGAAGUUGGAGAACAGCUCAGCAUCAGACGAGGUGUUCAAGGCGGUGGACAAAACCCUCCGAAGUUUCCCGUUUUCCUAUCAGGGAGCCAGGAUACUGAGCGGUCAGGAGGAGGGCGCGUUUGGCUGGGUUACGGUCAACUACCUGGAUGAUCGCCUCAAACAGGGCUUGGAAACCACGGGUGCCCUUGACCUUGGUGGAGCCUCAACUCAAAUUAGUUUUGUUUCUGAUGAUUACAACGGGUCAGAGUCUCCUGACAAUGCAGUCAGCUUUCGGCUCUACGGAAAUGACUACACCCUGUAUACUCACAGUUUCUUGUGUUAUGGGAAAGACCAAGUCUUGCGGCUGGCGCUGGCACACCAGGCUAAGUCAGGUCCAACAGCAAUCAUGGAUCCCUGUUUCCACAAAGGUUACAAUGAAACAAAGCACCAUACCGUCGUCUAUGACAGCCCCUGUGUGUCAGACCGGAAACCCCAAAUAGUCUCUGAAACCUUCAUUCAUUUGGGGGGAGGAAACUUCACACAAUGCCAGGAAGUCAUCAAAAGCGUCUUCAACUUUACUUCCUGCACAUACAGCCGCUGCUCCUUCAACGGGAUCUUUCAGCCGCCGCUGCAGGGGCAGUUUGGGGCUUUCUCUGCUUACUUCUUUGUGAUGAACUUUCUAAACCUGACUGAUACAUCACUCCCUCUAAAGACUGUGAAGCAAAGAUUAUCAGACUAUUGUGCCACGCCCUGGACUCAGAUCCAGAAAGAACACGAUAUCCCACUGAAAUAUCUGGCUGAAUACUGUUUUUCCGGCACAUACAUCCUCACUCUGCUAAUGGAAGGAUACAACUUCACCUCAGAGACCUACUCCAACAUAAAAUAUAUCAAAAAGAUUAAAAACAGUGAUGCAGGUUGGACCCUGGGCUACAUGCUGAAUUUGACCAACAUGAUUCCAGCUGAAGCUCCAGACUCUCCUCCUCUAACGCACACCAGCUACGUCUCCGUAGUAACCGUUAUGGCACUGCUGCUCUUCAUCAUUUUCAUCCUCUUCUUGUACCCUAUAUGGCCCAAAUGCACCAAAGACCCAAAGAUUAUAUAAGCAGAUGUGUGAAAUGAUCACUGAUUUUGCAAACGUGCACUGUUUGUGUGUAAGUGUGUGUGUGUGUGUGUGUGUAGGAGCGUGUAAAUGGGCUACUAUCAGUUUUCUUCUAAGGUCAGAGGUCAGCUGAAGCAUGUCGACAUAUUCGGAAGCACUAUUCAGAAUGAGCGCUUCAAAGAGAAUGAUUGAUUUCAACUUGUGCUUGUCUAAAUAGGAAUGUAUGAACUUAAUUAAAAAAAAUAAAUGGAAAAAAAAGCGUGAAUGUGUGCGAUAUCAGUGUUUUAAAAUGCAAAUGUGAAAAUGUAACCGUUUAAAUAAACAACCAAGUUUAUACAUAAAA